AAGUGGGUGAGUGCUGGUAGUACUGUGCAGGUAGAGAGACAGACAAGGAGGUACAUCGACAGCGGGGCUGAGAGUUUUUUUCCCAGCACCAACAACGAACUGAGAGCAUCAGGCCAGCAGCUACAGGUAGUAGCUCGACAGUGCAUCGGCUCCUCGACUUCAGUCGGCAGCUGUUCUUGAACCGGAGUGCACGGUUCCCAACACUCCAGCUCUACUCGCCGUCAUUUUGUCGCCAAAACAGUCAAUCCAUUCCGCUGUGAUCAUGAAGUUCUUGUGGACUUCGCUUUUUACUGUUUUUCUCGCUUCCGUUUUGGUUGAGGCGCAGAUUAACCAAAUCCGUAACGCUCAAAACGCCGCUGCCAACAACGCUGCCCGUCGACCAGUUGAGGCCAACGCGACACCGGCGCCCACAAUCGUCGAUGACGACAGUUUCGAAAAGGAAUUGUGCAAAGCCAAGGAGGCCGGCGAAUGGUUCCGUCUGCAGGCCGGCGAAGGAGACAACUGUCGUGAUGUCAUCCAAUGCACAUCUUCAGGUCUGCAAGCCAUCCGUUGCCCGGCUGGUCUGGCCUUCGACAUCGAGAAGCAAACUUGCGACUGGAAAGAGCAGGUGAAGAACUGCCUCAUCAAAGAGAAAGUGCGCAAAUUGAGGCCAAUCCUGUCCACCGACGAGCCCCUCUGCCAGGAAGGCAUGUUGGCCUGUCACGACGGAACUUGCAUCGAGCGCAGCCUCUUCUGUAACGGAGUGCCAGACUGUACCGACGGAUCAGAUGAAAACUCUUGCGAUUUGAGCAACGAUCCCAACCGCGCCCCGGCUUGCGAUCCGGCCGUCUGUCUGUUGCCCGACUGUUUCUGCUCUGAAACCGGCACAGAAGUGCCCGGCAAAUUGGACGCCAAGCAGGUGCCGCAGAUGAUCAUGGUGACUUUCGACGACGCCAUCAACAACAACAACGUCGAAUUGUACCGCGACAUGUUCAACGGCGUCCGCAAAAACCCCAACGGCUGCGACAUUAAGGCCACUUUCUUCGUCUCCCACAAGUACUCCAACUACUCUGGCGUCCAGGAAAUCCACCGCAAGGGUCACGAGAUCGCCGCUCACUCCAUUACUCACAACGAUGACGAGUCUUUCUGGUCGACGGCUUCCGUUGACGACUGGGCCAAGGAGAUGGCCGGCGCCCGUCUGAUCAUCGACAAAUUCGCCAACAUCACCGACAACUCGAUCGUGGGCAUGCGCGCUCCUUACUUGCGCGUCGGCGGCAACAACCAGUUCACCAUGAUGGAAGAGCAGGCUUUCCUCUACGACUCGACCAUCACGGCUCCCCUGCAGAACCCGCCGCUGUGGCCGUACACGCUCUACUUCCGCAUGCCUCACCGCUGCCACGGCAACUUGCAAAAGUGCCCGACCCGCAGCCACGCCGUCUGGGAGUUGGUGAUGAACGAGCUGGAUCGCCGCGAAGACCCCACAUUCGACGAGGAUCUGCCCGGCUGCGCCAUGAUUGACUCUUGCUCCAACAUCCUGUCGGGCGAGCAGUUCUACGCCUUCCUCAACCACAACUUUGACCGCCACUACACCCAGAACCGCGCCCCACUCGGCCUCUUCUUCCACGCCGCCUGGUUGAAGAACAACCCCGAAUUCAUGGACGCUUUCCUCUUCUGGAUGGACGAGAUCCUGGCCAAGCACAGCGACGUCUACUUCGUCACCAUGACCCAGGUCAUCCAAUGGGUCCAGAACCCGCAGACCAGCUCCGAGGUCAAGAACUUCGAGCCCUGGAAGGAGAAGUGCAGCCCAGUCGGUCCCUCCGCCUGCGCCGUCCCCAACUCCUGCGCCCUCACCACCAAGGAGCUGCCCGGCGAGACACUCAGACUGCACACCUGCAACCGUUGCCCGCCAAACUACCCUUGGCUCAACGAUCCUUCCGGAGAUGGAUUCUUUUAAACAAAUCCACCAUCCCCUUCAACAAAAAACAAAAAACAAAAAAAUCCACAAAAA